AUGAUGAAAAUAAGGCCGAUCUAUGUUGGAGUCGUUUUUGCUUGCUUGAUUCUGCAUACUUUUGGACAACAUUUUGUAUGCAAUUCCGUUAAUGGAUAUAAUACCAAAGAUUUAACAAGUGCUAUUCAAUGGCAAACACAAACAGAUUAUAAUUGUCUGACGAAUGCUGGUGUCAAUUGUGAUUUUUAUUUAAGUUUUUGUCAACCAGCACCUGCGUGCUUUAAAGAAUAUUCGGCAUGUCAAAAUGCAACAGGAGCAGCCAAUGUAACUGUUCUUGGUGGUGUUAGCCCGAAUGUUUUCUAUCCAUAUGACACUCCUGGAAAGGAAGGUUUUUAUGCUAAAUUUCCUACGGCUCCAGAACAAAUGAUCUCCAAUACAACUAAUUGUACGCCAACAUUAAUCAUAAAUUUCAAUUGUAAUCCUUCCGUGAAAUGGCUUGUUCCAAUAACGAAUGGAACAGCGAGCGCACCUGAGCCUACUGAUGUUGAUCUUAACGAUUGUUUAACUACUAUGACGUUUGAUUACGAUGGAGCAUGUCUGAAGAACAAGGUUCCAAAAAAAGGAAUGAGUGGUGGCGCUGCUUUUCUGAUCGUUUUAUUUUGUGUUGCUUUAGUUUAUUUUGGUGGUGGUAUGAUUUACAACGGAUUGAUUCAACAUCAAUCUGGUAUUAAAGUAAUUCCGAACGCACAAUUUUGGAUUGGUCUGCCAUUGUAUUUUAUCGAAGGUGUUCGAACUACGAUUAGUUGUUCAAUAUGUUCAUCGAAACCAAGUCAAGCAACAUAUGAAUCUGUUUAA